UCCAUAGAUAGUCGUAAGGAACGAUUCAAAAAAAAAAAAAAAUUCAGUAAAUCAAAUCAUUUUUUUACAAAAAAAAAAAAAAAAUAAUUAUGUCAAAUAUAAAUAAAAAAUGGGAUUUUAAACAAAUUUUAAUUAUUAUUAUUGUUCACAUUGUUGGUCUUUAUGGAAUGUUUACAUUUCCGUAUUUUAAUAAAAAAUUAACUUUCAGUUGGAUGAUACUAUGUUACACAUUAACGGCACUUGGUGUAACAGGAGGUGCACACCGUUUAUGGUCACACAAUUCUUACAAAGCAAAGUGGCCUGUUCGAUUGUUACUUGCAAUUUUUUUCUACUCAAGUUGUCAGUUCACGUUAUUUAAUUGGGUGAGAUUUCAUCGUGCUCAUCAUAAGUAUACUGAAACUGAUGCUGAUCCAACAAAUACAAAACGUGGAUUUUUCUUUGCACAUAUAGGAUGGUUAAUGAUGGAAAAACAUCCGGAAUGCAUUGAAAAAAUGCGAAAACUUGAUAUGACUGAUAUUAAAACGGACAAAAUAAUUUAUUUCGGUGACAAAUAUUUCGGCUUUACAACAUUAAUAUGCGCAGUUAUUCUUCCAUCAGUGGUACCAAUAAUUUUUUGGAAUGAAACAUUGUAUUGGUCAAUUAUGAGUCAAGUUUUUAUGCGUCUUUUAUUAACUUCCCAUUCAGCAGCAAGUGGAAAUAGUUUCUUACAUAUGUGGGGAACUAAACCAUACAAUAGAAACAUAGAUUCAAUGAAUAAUAAAAUAAUCAACAUAUUUACACUUGGAGAUGGAUGGCACAAUUAUCAUCAUACAUUUCCAUGGGAUUAUAAAUCAGCUGAAUUUGGAUUUUAUCAAAUAAAUUUUAUCACUUUUUUUAUUGAAUCAUUUGCAAAAAUUGGAUGGACUUAUGAUCUUAAAGAAGCAUCGAGUGAAUUAAUUAAAAUGACUUGCGAAAGAAAAGGAGAUGGCAGUCAUCCAUUGUGGAAAACUGAGAUUCCUUAUUGUAUAAAAAAGAUAAUAAUUAUGAGAAUUAAAAAUUUGAUUUUUAAAAGGAUUUUAAUUAUUUUGUUAUUACAUAUUAUUGGUAUUUAUGGAAUUUUUACUUUUCCAUAUUUUAAUAAAAAAUUGACUUUUGGUUGGCUCAUAGUAUGUUACAUAUUAACGGCACUUGGAAUAACAGGAGGUGCACACCGUUUAUGGUCACACAAUUCUUACAAAGCAAAGUGGCCUGUUCGAUUGUUACUUGCAAUUUUUUUCUACUCAAGUCUUGAGUUCACGUUAUUUAAUUGGGUGAGAUUUCAUCGUGUUCAUCAUAAGUAUACAGACACAGAUGCUGAUCCUACAAAUACGAAACGUGGAUUUUUCUUUGCACAUAUAGGAUGGUUAAUGAUGAAAAUACAUCCGGAAUGUAUUAAAAAAAUGCAAGAACUUGAUAUGAGUGAUAUUAAAGCGGACAAAAUAAUUUAUUUCGGUGACAAAUAUUAUGGCUUAACAUCAUUAAUAUGCGCAAUUAUUCUUCCAUCAGUGGUACCAAUAAUUUUUUGGAAUGAAACAUUGUAUUGGUCAAUUAUGAGUCAAGUUUUUAUGCGUCUUUUAUUAGUAACCCAUGUAGCAGGAAUUUCAAAUAGCUUCUUACAUAUGUGGGGCACUCAACCAUACAAUAGAAACAUAGGCCCAAGAAAUAAUAGAAUAAUCAACAUAUUUACACUUGGAGAUGGAUGGCACAAUUAUCAUCAUACAUUUCCAUGGGAUUAUAAAUCAGCUGAAUAUGGACUUCAUCAAAUGAAUUUUCUCACUUUUUUUAUAGAAUCAUUUGCAAAAAUUGGAUGGACUUAUGAUCUUAAAGAAGCAUCGAGUGAAUUAAUUAAAAUGACUUGCAAAAGAAAAGGUGAUGGCAGUCAUCCAUUGUGGAAAACUGAGAUUCCUUAUUGUUCUAAUUAAUGGAUUUCAUCUUUCCAUUGUGGAAGUACCUUAAAACGAACUAAAUUUAGAGGUUAUAUUGCCUUUUUUCCAUUGUAGAUGUACGACCUAAAUUUUUAAAUUAUUGUGCCCUUGUUCCUUUUUGAAAAUACCCUAAUAUGAUCUAAAUUAGGAAGUUACAUUAUAUUACCUUCUUCAAAUUGUGGAAGUACCUUAAAAAACAAAACUCAAUUUUUAGAAUAUUGUGACCUCUUUUCAUUGUGGAAAUACCCUAAUAUGAGAUAAAUUUGGAUGUUACUUUGCCUUCUUUACAUUGUGGAAAUACCUUUAAAAGACCUAAAUUUGGAGGUUAUAUUGCCUUUCUUUCCAUUGUGGAAGUACCUUAACCUUCCAUCUUAAAAAACGAAAUUAAAUUUUUAGAAUAUUGUGCCCUCUUUUCAUUGUGGAAACACCUUUAAACAAACUAAAUUUGGUGGUUAUGUUUUCUUCUUUAUAUUGUGGAAAUACCUUAAAACAAACCUAAAUUUUUAUUGUGGCUUUUAUCCAUUGUGGAAAUACCCUAAAAUGACCUAUAUUCUAAGACUAUAUUAACUUCUUGACCUAUAUUUUGUGGUUAUGUUCGCCUUUAAAUAAUUUCAUUGUAGAAUUACCCUAAAUAACAGUUGUCUACAAAGAUUUUUUUUAUAUUAUAUAUUAUAAUAUUAUAUGUAAAUAUGAACUUAUAACUUCAAAAUAUUAAUAUAUUUAAAUAAUUUAUAAAAUC